UGACGAAUCAGAGUCCAUUCUCGCUUGACUUGGGGACGACUGUGUUCGAAUUGAGCUAUCAGAACGUUCCGCUUGGCGUCGGCACAAGCGCAAAUACAGUGAUCAAACCCGGAUCAAACACGAUCACGCUCUUGGGUGCUCUGCAAAGUCACACGAACGCUGACGACCUCAGUGUCGUGUCCGGUCUGUUCACGAGGUAUCUGAACAAUGAGAUAUCGAAUGUCACCGCGACGGGCGUCUCGACUCUGCAAAGCGACAACUCGACGAUUUCCUGGCUGAGUGUAGGAUUGCAGGCGCUGAAACUGACGGUCCCUCUCGUGUCACCGACGCCCAUCGUGCCAAUCAAUUCCAUUGCGAUCGGCAAUUUUGAUCUGGCCUUCGACUCGUCGAACCCUUGGGGACCCGUCGCCCAGAGCAACAGCAUCACGGCUGGACUGAUGUUGCCGUUCGGAUUCAAUGUCGAGAUCGGACAGAUUUCGAACAAGUUCAACAUCAGCAUGGAGGAUGGCAGUCCGGCAGCUGGGAUCUCUACUCCUCUGGGGGCAUCGACGUCGCAGAUCAGUGUGUACGGGCCCACUAAUACGACCGGGUCUGUAGACAUCGUCAUCAGCAACACGACACUCGCCUGCCCUGAUCCCCAGCAUCAGACAUUCUCGAUGUUCAACUUGAACCUGACAAACGAGAAAUCGACCAAUUUCCGCAUCAUUGGGUCUUCAAGGGCAGUGGCUUCGCUGGCUAUAGGCAACCUGACCCUGGACCCGAUCAACGUCAAUGUGUCCA